UGGUUUACAAUACAUUCAUAACGUUUCUCGUUUAAUAAAUCUUUCUCAGUCAAACUCAACUUUGCAAGCUAUUUUUAUACACAAGAAUCACACCAACUUGAUUAGCACGUCACUCGGAUAUUUUUUAUGUUGAAUUUAGACUUGUAUUAGAGAAAUAUGAAGUAUUCCGGACAAUACAACUCUAGUUCUAGAUUUCUAGAUCUGGAUCUUAAUGCACAGAGCACGAAUAAAUAAAUAUGUUUUUUGUGGAAAGUGUGAUGCUCUGGUUCAUUUAUUUAUGGCACCUAGUGAUGGUCAGUUCAGGCAACGAUUGUGAGAACGGCUAUUUUGGAAGCAGGUGCCAAUUCAGAUGUAACUGUAACAAUAUCACCUCCUGCUCUGUCUAUGGCUACUGCAAGAAGUCUAUAGGAUGCCAGCCGGGGUGGUUCUACGAUCUCUGCCAGUUCAGGGAUUUGGUGGGAACAUCAGCAGAUGUGUCCCCGAACGUCCUAGAGACCGCGUCGUGUGUGGUCAGCAGUCAGCUCGAGGUUACCAUGAAGCGGUACAAAGCCUUCACGUUCCUGAGGGUCACUUUUGGAGAAGCAGCUACUGCCAGCCUACCUGCGGUGCUGCAGAUAUCGUCAGAGACCCCCAGCAACUGGACCUGCCCCAACCUGGAGGUUCUAAAAAUAGACCACUUUCAACUGGACUUCAGGUGUCCUUCGUUCAACUCGCUCUUCGGGCGACUCACCUUGAUAUUUAAACAACCUGUCUCUAUCUGUGGCAUUAAUGUCAGUGGAGGACGUCCGAUGUUCGGGGUUAGAGGUCUGGAACUUCUGCACGGCAGGACGGUCUACGGCACCGCCCUGUCCACGGACCCACAGAAGAUCAACCAGCGGUUCUGCAACGUCAGGCGACCAAAUGAGGACAUCACCUGGAGAAUGGCCUUCACCGUUCCGGUCAAAGUUCAAGAGAUUAAAUUAUUUUUUAACGUAACUUCAGGCACCAAGGCCAAACGUUACACGCUGUCCUUGCUCUACGCCAGCAAGAAGAUGCCUCUCAACAUCCUGUACUUCGACGAGCCGUCCACCGCCUACGAUUUGGUGCCCGCGGAGCAGGUCCACAAGAUCGAGAUAACGACGGACAUGGGGUCAUUCAACCUGUGUGGGCUGGAGAUCUACGGUGAAUGCCUAGAUAGAAACUACGGAUUGAAAUGUGAGUCUGAGUGUACUGUGGACACAGGAUGUAAUCUGGAUGGCACCUGCAGAGAUUGUCAUGAAGAUAAAUUGACACUCAAAAUAGAUGAUGUUGGUUAUGAUGAGACCAGGACGACGAUGUAUUUAAUUGGGAGGGCAGUACCCGACGUCGAUGAAUUUUCAGACACUAAAGAAUGCUUUAGCGUCUUUGCUGAUGCCUGUCUGUCCAUCACUGAAACCUGUCACAUAUGGUCUCAUAUGUGUAAGUUCAGCUCCGUGUGUAACAAGUUGGUGUGUGAUGCCAAUCUUCAGGUCAGCCCCUCGGAGACCGUGUGCAACUGCGUCAGCGGCGAUCCUGUCUUGAAACUGGUCGUAUCGAUACCGUCUAACAAAUACACGGACAAGGGAUGGCAGUUUCGAUUCCGUCGGGCGAUAUUUGAGAACGCGAGUACGAGGGAUGGUCUCUUUGGUCUGAGUAAUGUGUUCCGGUUGAGAAAUUUCAAAAGUCUACUGCUGAUCAGCUUCCUCUACUUCGGAGUUUUCUCUCCUAGGGAGGUCGCUGUAACCAGCUUUCAAGCCUCAUCUGCCUGGGGUUUGAACUCUGGACGUUUUGGUUUAGCAUCCAUGCAGUUUGCUGAUUUGACCACCUCGACCCAACUUGCCUAUCUUUACACAUGA